AAAACACACAACACAACCAAUAAUACUAAUCAUAGAAAAUGACAAUAGUGGCAUCAUGGAAGUUCCAAAGUUUCUGUGUUAUUUUGUUUACUUUCUUGUCUUAUUCUUUCUCUUCUAUUUUCACCAUAACAAAUAACUGCCCUUAUACCAUAUGGCCUGGCACACUCUCCGGUUCCGGCUCACCGCCGCUUCCGACGACCGGAUUCCGGCUGGACUCCGGCCAGAUGAUCAAACUCACCAGUGUUCCAGGGUGGUCGGGAAGGAUCUGGGCUAGGACUGGCUGCACAUUUGAUGCAACAGGAAUUGGCAAGUGUGAAACAGGUGAUUGUGGUGGAAGAUUGGAAUGUGAUGGAAAUGGUGCUGCUCCUCCUACCUCAUUGUUUGAGAUAACUCUUGGCAAAGGCAAUGAACAAGACUUCUAUGAUGUCAGCAUGGUGGAUGGCUACAAUUUGCCAUUGCUUGUUCAACCAAGAGGUGUGUAUGGUUCUGGGGUCUGCAAUGCCACAGGUUGUGUCACAGACAUCAACAGAGGUUGUCCCAAAGAACUUCAAGUAGUGGGUGGAGAUGGAUACCAGGGUGGUGUUGUUGGGUGUAAAAGUGCUUGUGAGGCAUUUGGGUCAGAUGAGUACUGCUGCAGUGGAGAAUUUGCCAAUCCAAGUACAUGCCAGCCAUCCUAUUAUUCCACCCUUUUCAAGCAGGCUUGUCCAAAAGCUUAUAGCUAUGCAUUUGAUGAUGCUACCAGCACUUUCAUUUGCAAAGCUUUUGAAUAUGACAUUGUUUUUUGUCCCAACAGCAACAGAGCUAGGAAACCAAAUGCUCCAGUUCCUCCUCUACCACCAUCAAUUGGAUGGCCUGAUCAGAAGGUUCAGCAGCAACUCCAUUCUUCUUCAGAUAUUCUCUUGCCCUUUCCAGUGACACUCUUUCUCUUUGUGCCUCUCUCUCUGUGCUUGCAGCAAAGUCUCAGACACUGAUAUGAGCCAACACCACAAGAGAAUCUCAAAGUGUUUCUUCAAACAAAGAGUACCAAUAAACGCAGAAAUCGAGCAGGGAAUGUGGAACACAUCAGGAUCCUCUGGAAAAAUAAAUAAAUGCAGAAAUCAUUCUUUCAGCGAUUCAGAACCGGAUUCAUUUACCAUGAACUCUAAUGUUUGAAAAAAUAUAUAUAAAUGACAAAAUUCAUAUGAAAAAAAGUAUGCCUUGUAAAUAAUAAAAAAUAAUUCUUAAACUGAUCUUCUAGUAAUUAGUUUUCUAUCUGUUGGUCUCAAUGUUAAAGAAAGUCAUGGUCUCAAAUAUAUUGCACAUUAAUAUUCCACUUACUUAUAAUUUUUUUA